AGUGCAUUAACCUAAUCCCUCCUAUCUGGCUUGCAGCUCUCCAAAUAAUUCAGUGUACACAUACACAGAGGAGCAGAAUUGAAGAUGGACGUGCACAUAGAAUUUACCAGCAGCCUUUGAUCUGAAAUGGAAAAAUUAUCAAGUCAACUUUAAUUAAGAGGACCUAUUGACGAUGAUGUUAAAGUUCAUCUUGCAUGUUUGGCUAUUAUGGAUACUUUAUCCAGCCACUUUCUCCGAUAAUUCCACCAGUGGGUGCGAACAGCAGCCAUGCCAGAAUGGCGGCGUAUGCGAGGGCCAAAAUGGAGAUUUCAGAUGCCUUUGCUCCAGACAGAGCCAAAAUGGCCGCCUGUAUGAUGGGGAGACCUGCACAGUUGCACUUUCGGGCUGUGAUGGUGAGCAGUGCGAGAACGGAGGUACAUGCAUGCCACUGCUUGUGAACAAACAGCACACGUACACAUGCGGCUGCCUUCCAGGCUUCACAGGCCCUAAGUGUGAGAUCAGCACCGUGUUUUCAUUCGAGUCCCGCGGCUACUUGGUCCUGCGCUCGCCAUUUCUCCCCCCAGAGGUCCCCCUUAAUGUCACAUUCAGCUUCAAGACAGGAAGGUUGGUCGGCACCAUGGUAGAGCACAGAGUGGAUGACCUGAUCCUAAGCGUAGAGCUGACUGACGGACGUCUCUGCCUCAUCAGCCUGAAAGGUCAAAGGUCAAGCACGAUUGUUCAGCAGCUGCCAGUGUUUGUGUCUAACAACAAGUGGCACAGUGUGGAAGCACUGCUGGGCAGCGAGGUCAGCCUGAUCAGUCUGCUCUGCACAGAGGGAGGCUGCAGCAGCAACGCCAGCACCGGCAUCCACCGGGCGGAGCCGACACCUACACUCCAGCCAGUAAGUGUUAAUCACAGCCUCGUCAUAGGAUCAGCCGGGACGAGCAGGAGACUGGGCAUAGCAGUGGAACAUGGACACAACCUGGAAGCAUUUCUGGGCUGCUUCAGAGAUAUGUUUGUGGACUCACAUCUGGUGGUACCGACAGAAUCAGUCCAGGCAAACUUGACUUUUGGAUGCAAUGACAAAGACAAGUGCGAUGACAGUCCAUGUCAGAACCGGGGGCGUUGUGUGAGCAGGGGCUGGAGAGGUUACAUGUGUGAGUGCCAGAGACCAUAUGAGGGAACCAACUGUGCAGAAGAGUAUAUCACUGCUAGGUUUGGAAGCAAGGACUCUGAGAGUUAUGCCAUCUUCUCACUGGAUGAUUACCCAGGCGAUAUUCUUACUGUAUCCACAUUCAUCCGCACACGACAGUCCAGUGGCCUCCUCCUCAUCAUGGCAAACAGCACCAGCCAGUACCUCCGCCUGUGGCUUGAGCAGGGUCGGGUCAGAGUUCAGGUCAACAAUUUUGAGACCCUGGUUGGACGGGGUGUGGUUAACGAUGGCCAUUUCCACUUGGUGACAGUCAAGCUGGAAGACAAGGUAGCCACCUUGUUCCAAUCAUCCCAAAACCAAGGUUCUAUGCCUGUUAGGCAUGUCCAAGCCCACCCCGGGGACUUCGUCUUUGUUGGGGGGCUACCCAAUCAAAGAGCAUCAUCCUCGUUUGGUGGCUACUUUAAAGGAUGUAUCCAGGAUUUAAGGAUUAACAACAAUCGUCUACAGCUCUAUCCAUUGCUAACUUUGGUGAAGUCUUACAAGUUGGAGCAGCGUGUCAAUGUUGCACAAGGAUGCAGCAGUGACAACGCCUGUGUGGUCAACCCCUGUCUCAACGGGGGCGUGUGUUACUCCAUGUGGGAUGACUUCAUGUGUAAUUGCCCCCCCAACACUGCAGGGCAGCGCUGUGAGGAGGUGAAAUGGUGUGAGCUGUCUCCGUGUCCUGCUGCCACCGUAUGCCAACCUCGCGCACACGGCUUUGAGUGUUUUUCUAACGUGACAGUGCGAGAGGACAGCGGAGUUUUACAGUACAGGAGCAAGGGGAAAAUCAAACGUAGCCUCAGGAGUGUCAUCUUCAGCUUCCGCACAAGACAAGCUAUGGCCACCUUAUUGCACGUGGAGAGCAGCUCAAACUGUCUCAUCAUCUCCCUGCAGAACCACCGUCUGGUCCUGCAGCUUCAGCCUGAAGGGAACAAGGAUUCCCCCAAGAUGACAGCUAGAAGCCAGAGUCCAGUCAGUGAUGGGCAAUGGCACAACGUGGCUCUAAAACUGGAGAACCAGACACUCCAGAGUUCCAGCUGGAUCAUAGUUGUUGAUGGAGGCAAAGAGGAGCUGCAUUUGUCUGAGCUUGGUGCUGGGCAGCUAGACUUUCUUCAGAAAGGUGCAGAUAUCUUCCUGGGUGUAAACUUCUCUGGGUGUCUUGGUCCUGUAGAGAUCGGAGGCCUUCUUAUUCCUUUCUACUUGGACACAGAGCUCAACCUCCCCAGACCUCAGGAGGAACAGUUUGUGAGAACAACAAAUAACACAGCCACACGGUACGGCUGCUGGGGUGCCAGUGUGUGUGACCCCAACCCCUGUCAACAUCAGGGUUCAUGUGAAGACCUGUUUGAUCUUCAUCAUUGCUCGUGUCGCUCAAGGUGGACAGGGCGACUGUGCCAAGACCUAAUGGACACCUGUGCCUCAAACCCCUGCAUCCAUGGUAUCUGCACCAACCUACCUGAGGGAUACAUGUGCAAGUGUGAGCUGGGCUACACAGGCGCUCGAUGCGAGGUAGAAGAGGAUGUGUGCGCAAACAACAACUGCAGCAACAGCGCCACCUGUCUAAAAGGUCACCAACGCUAUACAUGUCUCUGCCCUCGGAAUCUGACAGGCAAAUACUGCGAUGAGAGAAUUCCUGAAAUCCCUUGGUACAUUGAGACAAAUCCUCUUCCUCAGUUUCCUGCAUCUACAUGCUAUGGAACCAAAUGGAACUACAGCUGCUUCAAUGGAGGAAACUGUUCCAAAGUGGACAACUGUAGCUGCCUGCCUGGUUUCAUAGGACAGUGGUGUGAGAAGGAUGUGGAUGAAUGUGCCUCAGAUCCAUGUAUGAACGGAGGCUUCUGCAUCAAUUACGUGAACAACUUCGAGUGUGUGUGCGACAUGAACUACACUGGUGAACACUGCCAAAUAGACAUCAGUGACUUCUACUUGUACCUCUUCAUGGGCCUGUGGCAGAACCUGUUCCAGCUGCUGUCCUACCUCAUCAUACGUCUCAAUGACGAGCCUGAAGUGGACUGGGGAUUCUACAUAAAUGAUUAGAACAAUGACGAUUUACAAGAGAUCACACUCACCUACAUUUGGAUGGUUUGGUUGGGGGGGUGGGUGCACAUUACAGACAUCAUGUAGUAUCAAGGCCAUUUAUUAUUUAAUCCAACAGGGAUUUG